AUGGUUGGUUCGAAGUCCGCAAAGAGCUAUUCUCUAGUUGAGAAUAACGAUGACUUUACACCUGUUAGCGAAUCACCAACAUUGGAGAAGGCUCAUGAUCACGUGCCAGUGUUGAGUGAGCCUAGUAAUUUGGGACUACAUCACCCAAAUCUCACAGUCAAAGGGAUUUCUUCUUUGGUGGCUAUGGUUGGAAAGAUGAAUCAGGGGAGAGAUUUUAUAGAGGAGCUAAUUGUGUUCCCAAACAAUAAUGACAAUUAUGUAUCUAAGGAAGGUGAGAUAGGUGAAGUUGGAAAGUAUUUGAAUAAGGAGUUGCCAUUCUUGGCGAAUGGAGGAGAGUCUUCUAUAGUGAAUAUGGUGGAGUGCCUUGAGACUAAUGGAAAAAUUUUCAGGGAUUUGAUUUUACCAUUAUCUAACAAGGGAAAGGAUAAGCUCUUAUUCGUCAAAUUGAUGAGCGUUAGAAUAUUGAAGGGAGAACGUCAUAACUACGAAGAGAUGGAAGAGGAGGGAGAAGAGUUUCUUUGCAAACAAGCUGCCAAAGGUGGCGGUUUAUUUUCAAGGCAAAUCAGGUGGUCUAGAGAUGUUUUGCAGAGGGGAAUUGAUGUGGUAUUACAGAGCAACUCCCAUGGGCACAUUGAUGUGGUGAUAAUGAGGGUGACAAUUGGUCAUGGAGGCUAA